AUGUGGUUGCCGCGAGUCAAGACAGGCGCCUCCGAAUCCCGUCUCUACACCUUCUCGCAAGAGACCAAGGACAAGCUACGCAAGUUCCGCCUGGGCACUUCGCGGGCGAAAGACCCCCAGGCUGUCAUAUAUCAGAUCGACAAAAAGACGAUGGAGAUCCAGCCUGUAGACGGCGACGUAUACUCAAACCUGCAGAAUCUAGCCGAUGAACUACCGGACCAUGCACCCAGAUUCGUGCUGCUUAGCUAUCCUGUAACCCUCGAUUCUGGUCGGCUGUCUGUUCCCUAUGUUAUGCUGUACUAUCUUCCCGUCACUUGCAACAACGAGGUUAGGAUGCUGUAUGCUGGUGCAAAGGAACUGAUGCGGAAUACAGCCGAGGUGGGGAAGAUAAUUGAGAUUGAUUCCGCUGAGGACCUAGAAGAUAUUGAGGCGAUUGAGGCGAAGCUGAAGGGGGAUUCGUGA